AUGUCAGACCCUCUGUUCCCUUCUCCUUCCUCCCCUCCUGUUGCCCUGUGUGACUACAGCGAGUGGAGCCCCACAUGGGUGCUCAUCCCUUCCAUUUACCUGCUAGCUUUCACCCUGGGAUCCCUAGGGAAUGGGCUUGUUCUUUGGGCAUAUCUGAACCACCCCAGCCACAGGAGGGCCUGUGUCAAACCCCAGCUGCAACCAUCACAUUUCCCACCCAGGUGCUCUGGCCCAUCCCGCUCUCUGACCGACUCUCUGAUCGCUAGCCUAGCAGCAGCUGACUUGGCCUUUGUGGUUACCCUGCCUCUGUGGGCUGUAUACACAGCGCUGGGUUACCACUGGCCAUUUGGCCUCCCUCUCUGCAAGGUCAGCAGCUACCUAGUGGCGUUAAACAUGUAUGCCAGUGUUUUCUCCCUCACAGGUCUUAGUGUGGAACGCUACUGCAUCAUUGCAGGGCGCCUCCAGGCCCAAAGAGGGCAGGGCGGCAAUGGUAGUCGGGUGAGGUGGAUUGUGGGGGGUAUCUGGGUAGCAGCAGGUAUCUUAGCCCUGCCUGCUUUAAUUCUGAGGACAGUGACUGAGGUGGAGAUGGUGAAAAGCCCUGAAGACUGGUGGGAACAGGAAGGGGCCAACUUACAGCAAGACCACAUCUCCUUUCGCAUCUUUUCUUGCGAGAUGGACUACUCAGUUCUAAUCUCCACUGAGCUGACUGAUGACAGAGUCGAGCAGGUAGAGCUCUGGUGGACAGCAGCUAUGGGGAUCAAGUCCACCCUGCUGGGCUUCCUGUUACCAUUGGCCAUCCUGCUGCUCUGCUACUGUUCUCUGGGACGUCUGCUCACCCGUCACUUCAGGAGGGGCCCACGACCUGAUCGUCACCAGCAUCGGCGCCUGUUGCGUGUCAUUGUCACCCUGGUGCUGGCCUUCUUCCUCUGCUGGCUGCCCUUCCAUGCUAAUAAGACCCUCGUUAUCUUUACCGAGCUGGGGCUGCUGCCAUACUCCUGCCCCUUUGACAGGGCCUUGGUGGCUGCCCACCCCUACACAACCUGCCUAGGGUACAUCAACAGCUGCCUCAACCCCCUGCUCUAUGCCUGCUGUGACCAAGCCUUCCGCCAGCGCUGCCGGGCAGUGCUGGGCUGGUGCCAGGGGAGGAGCAGGAAGGAGUCAGCGGAGGAGGCAGACGAUGACAGAGAGGAGGCCAGCCGCAGCUCGGCAGUGCCCUCUGGGACUCAGGAUGAGACACAGAACAAGACGUAA